UAAUUUCGUGAGUUUAUAAUCUGCAGCCGUUGAAGUACUGCUUCCUAUUCCGGCGCCUGUAAGUCGCUUCUACUAAGGGUUUGGUCUGUGCAAUGGACGGCAUUGUUCCAGAUAUAACAGUUGGUACAAAGCGGGGAUCUGACGAACUUUUUGCUACUUGUGUUGCUAACGGACCGCCUCUUGUCAUGAGCAACAACCCAUCUUCAGCUAAUGGAAAUGACAGCAAGAAAUUUAAGGGUGACAACAGAAACCCAGGGAUCCCUUCCCGUGUAAUCCAUGUUCGAAAACUUCCCAGUGAUGUCACGGAAGCAGAAGUUAUUUCCUUGGGAUUACCUUUCGGCAAGGUCACCAAUCUUCUUAUGCUGAAAGGCAAAAGUCAGGCUUUUAUAGAAAUGAAUACAGAGGAAGCAGCAAACACUAUGCUAAGUUAUUACGCCACAGUGACUCCAGUUCUUAGAAGUCAGCCCAUCUACAUUCAGUUUUCCAACCACAAGGAACUCAGAACAGAGAACUCUCCAAACCAAGCA